AUGAGUGACACAGAGAACCAAGGCCCCCAGCUCUUUCUCGAGCUGGAGACAAAAACCGGGGAAGCCUUGCAAACGUUCGCCAGCCUCCGCCGAUGCACAUACGCGACAAAACUGAUUGGCUCAUCAGGCCAGCAGGAGGCAAUGACGUGCGACUGUAAGGAGGAAUGGGAUGGGGAGACAAAUCUUGCGUGCAGCGAGGAUACCGGGUGCAUCAACCGCCUGACGUCAAUUGAGUGCAUGGAGGACACGUGUACGUGUGGGCUCGACUGUCAGAACCAGCGCUUCCAAAAGGCACAGUACGCGGCGGUGUCCGUAAUUCAGACCGAACGCAAGGGCUACGGCUUGCGCGCAGACCGCGAUAUUGCACCCAACACGUUUAUCUACGAGUAUAUCGGAGAGGUAAUUCCGGAGAAGGAGUUCCGCAAGCGGAUGGUGACAUACGACAAGGAGGGCAUCCGCCACUUCUAUUUCAUGAUGUUGCAGAAGGGGGAGUUUCUUGAUGCGACCAAAAAGGGGUGUUUGGCGCGGUUUUGCAACCACUCGUGCAAACCGAACUCGUUUGUGGACAAGUGGGUGGUGGGCCUGAAGCUCGCGAUGGGGAUCUUCGCAAGCCGCGCGAUCCGCCGCGGCGAGGAGAUCACGUUCGACUACAAUGUCGACCGCUACGGCGCGCAGGCGCAGCCCUGCUUCUGCGGCGAGGCGAACUGUAGCGGCGAGAUUGGUGGCAAGACGCAGACCGAUGCCGCGUUAUUGUUGCCUGCCAACUACGCGCGUGCGUUGGGCGUCACCCACGAGCAGGAGAAAGCGUGGCUCCGUGCAAACAAAAGUACCAAGCUUAAACAGAGCCUUGAAAGCAAUGUAAACGAGGACUUUGUCGCACAGUUACCCGCGCUGCCGAUUCCCGACGAGAGCGAUCAUCUCGCCAGCAGUGUCAACAUGGUCAUGGCCGCGUUGUUGCACAGCCAGGAGUCUGUGGUGGUGAGCAAGUUGGUGGAGCGCAUCUAUGUCACGGAUGCCGAAUCAAUUCAUACAAACAUCAUCAAGUUACACGGAUACCAGACGUUCUCUAAGUUGCUCACGAACUACCAAAAGUCCAACCCCGACUUGGUCGUGAUGGCCUUGAAGGUGUUGCUUAAAUGGCCCAAGAUUACGCGCAACAAGAUUUCCAGUUCGACGAUCGAGGAAACCGUGAAAACGUUGACAUCAUCAGAUAACGAAGAGGUAAGGGAGUUGUCAUCUGAGUUAUUGCGCGCAUGGAACAACUUGGAAAUGGCGUACCGCAUUCCGAAGCGCAGGAUGGAGGCCGCAAUUUUGUACGACGACAGACGACUGACCGAGACGCCCAAGGAGUCGCGCUCUCUGAGCCCGGUCGUGUUGCCCGCGGGCUGGGAAUCAGCUGUAGAUGAGGCAUCCGGAAAGAUAUACUUCUAUAACCGCGCAUUAGGAACCACGCAGUGGGACGAGCCGCUGGCGGAACCGGUGCGAGCGCGUGACAACAGCCCGGCGCUGACAGAAGCCAAGGACCGUGCGCGAGAGAAAGAACGCGGUCGCGCGCUCCGUGACUACAUCGAGCAACAGCGGCUCGAGAAGCAGAAGGAAGCGGAGCUCAAGAAAAACUCGAUGCGCGACAUGGACCAGAUCAUUCGCAAUGCCAAGCUCAAUUUCGAGAAGAAACAGCGCGACGAAGAAGAGCGCAAGCGCCGCGAGCAGUUGGAGGCGGACACCCGUCGCGCGCGCAAAGAAAAGCAUCGCAUGCGUCUCAAGUCUGCGUCUGAAUCAUCCCCUAAGGCCACGCCUGCGGCCAAGUGGACCAAAGCGUUUGCGGCGGUCGUGCCGAAUAUGUUGAAGAAAUACGAGGCGGAGAUCGGGCACGAGAACUUGAAGAAGUGUGCGAAGGAUAUUCUGAGCAUGUUAGCUGAGAAAGAGACGAAGCGGCAUGGGAGCGAGCCGCCGGUCGAGUUGGGCAAUUCAAAAAAGGCGUUGGUUAAAGAGUUCUCGAAAGGGUAUAUGGAAAAGUAUUUGGUAAAGCUCCGUGCGAAGAAAGCCUCGAGCGAAGCGAAGAAAGCCACCGAGAGGAGCAAAUCUUAG